GGUCGAGUGUGACAUUUGUCUUCACCAAGAUCAGCUCCAUGAACUGGACUGAGGCCCAGAGCUACUGCAGAGCACACUACACAGACCUGGCCAGUAUGAGACAAAUUACAGAGAACCAGAAGACCUAUGAAGACCCAAAGUUGCAGAUACAAGCUCCUGUAUCUACUGUAUCUGGAGCAUGGGAACCAGCCCGGGUUAGCCUUUACAGAGACCCCUGGAAGUGGUCCGAUGGAUUUCAGUCUUCCUUUAGAUACUGGGCUAAAAGUCAUCCUCACUCUGAGAAUUGUGUGGCUGCACUUUCCAAUGGUGGACUAUGGGUGACCCGGAGCUGUAAGAGCGAGAUUCCAUUCAUCUGCUACAAACAUUUGCCUAUUUCAAAGAAAGUGAUAAAGCUGAGAGUGAAGAACAACUCUAAUCUAAAUCUUAAUAACGAGGCCGUGCAGAAGGAAAUCAUGGUGCAGAUCAAAAAGAAACUAAGGGACAAGAGAUUGGAUGACAACGUCGAACUGACGUGGAGGACACAGCAGGAUGGAGACGUUUUCCACAAGGAGGAUGAGCUUUAGAAUAGAACUGCUGUCACUGCUUUUAUGGCUUUUUUUCUUACAUUUGGUUAGAGAAGAUAAAAUGUGACAAGAAUUUGUAAAAUAAUGUAAGAUUUCACUGAAGGCAACUCCAGUGAAAUCUUAUUGCCAAUAACAACGGUGAGCUGCAAAGUUGUCUCAGAAUAUCUUCAAAUGAGUAAUGUAGAAAAAUAGUUGUAUGACUUAUUAUUGGUCUGACAUUAUUUCUGGGAGGCUAACUUUUAUUAAAUUCCCUCAAAUAUGGAAUUGUAUGCAUUUUAUUUGUCCUUUACAGUCAUACACUUCCAAUCUUUGGGACUUAGUCAGUUGGUGGAUUAAAACAAGGGGUAAUGUAACUGCUCAGACUAUUAGAUAUAUUUGACUUUUCUGACAUUUUAUAGAUUUAAUAUAAUUACAUGAUAUCCAUGCAAUAUGUCAUAUCUCAGAAGGAGUUAUGGAAAAUAAGUAUGAGUAUUCUCAUGUUGUAACCUUAUUAGUGAUAGAAACUUGAAGCAAUUUUCCUCAAUUAUUUUACACAAAACUCAUGGGAAACCCAAACCACUUCCACUAACUCUUGUCCUGGAGAGACUACUCCUGGAAAAAUCGUACCCGCUUCUUUAUUACCCCCAACCAAAAAUCUAAAUUAAGUGGGUCUCAGCUACCUUACUGGAGGGAGUUUGGAUCUGCUUUUGCAGAACAUGCACACAUUUUCUGGGCCUGUACACAUGCAAAGCCUUUUCUGAAAGAAGUGGACGUUGUCAUCUCAAAUGUUCUACACCUGAAAUCUGACAUGACUGUACUUUGGUAACAUAUCUAAAUGCCUUGAUAAAAGUGAUACCUUCUGAAGGUUAUUAUGGCCGCAAUUAAUAUUUGUAAUUGUAAUAUUGCUCUCCUUAUUAGCAUAAUCAAUUAUAUCCGCUCUAUGGAGAAGAUGACUUUCACUCUCCGACUCCAAUAGGAGAAGAGGGAUAAAUAAUGGGCAAAAUGGGACUGCUAUACAAAUCUAGGAUCUUAACAAUGUCUGUAUUUUCUUUGACCUGACCUUUGUACACUGAACUGUACUAUUAUCUUGAUUUGUCUUUCUAAUUUUCACUGAUUGUGUUUUACUACCCCAGUCUUCAUACAUUGUAUACAAAAUAAAUAACAAUAAUAUUCAUCUUUUACGUUAAUAUAGCAUCUUUCAGACAAAAAUGCUAAAUAUUGCUUCCAGCUUCUUAAAAUUGAGGAUGUAAGGUUUUUUUGUCACAUA